GGAGAUGCAUGCUGUUGCUGGAGGAUGCCAGAUAUUUUUUCCCCUGAUUUGAAAAAAGAAAAUCGGAGAAAGACGAGGGGGGUAGUUCGCCCAGUCAUCACUGGAGACGGACAGAUUCGCAAAUGGCAGUAGUGUUGUGAGGAAAACCUGCAAAGAUGGUGGCGCAGUGCUCAAAUGUGUCUCUCAAUGAGUCGUUUUCGUGUCGGAUGUCUGAUCCAGGGCAGCCUGCAGAUUUCGUAGUCUUGGCUCUUGUGACGGUUGCAUGCAUACCGUUCAUUGCGGGGAACAUACUGCUGCUCAUUCACCGAAACUACUUUCCAAUUAAGGUGAAGGGGGUGGAUCUAAUCUUGGCCAGUUCUAUUGGGGGUUUCAUAUGGCUUGUGGCGUCAUUUGUUGUGAACAACCACUUUGGGAGGACAGGGGUGCUGCUUGACCUUUGCCCUCUUUGGAGCUUCUGGAUGCAACUCUGCUUCGGCGUCUCCUUAUGGCUUAACUGUUUUAACGUGCGGUUAUUGAAUCUCUACCUCAUCUUCCGCUGCAAGAGAGACCCUAUUACUCCAAUAUGGCUCCCUCUGGGACUCCUCCAGUCACCGAUGAUCAUCUUCAGCGUCUUCGCUACCGCGUUUCACGCUUGCAGCUAUGUUUGUGCUCCUGAUUCCAUCACUCAGAACACACUUGCAGACUGCAAAAUCAAUGGACCGGGAUGGAGUUUGGGGACGCUGGUAGUACUGGCAUUCUACUUCGUGUUGAUGGUCUGUCUUGGGAUAAAGCUUCGCAACAUCAUGGCUCCUUACAAUGAGUACAGGUUGAUUCGAGAAGGAGCGUUCAUACUGUUCUUCUUGGCGGGGGUUGCUAUUCAGCGAUGCAUUCGCUUUGAGGUGGCGGGGCGGGCAUUCUUGACUCUGACGGUGGCUUACGUGGUUUUUUAUUACUUCUGGAUGCGAAACGGACUUGUUGUAUACAAGGUGUUGUUUCACAAAGCCGCCUACGAGAAGGAGUUCAAAGAGAAAUUUCAAGAGGCAAUGAACAAGUCCUCCCUUGUGGAUGAGCGGGGUUUCAGUGUAGAGUUGCCUGCAUCCAGCAUAGCUCGCGAGGAGAUUGUAUCGCACACGAUGGAUUUCUCGUCGACAUUCAAUGCGGAUGUAGAAGCGAUCGUGAGAACGUCUCGUCAGGAUGUGUACAGGUAUAAGGAGCUGAUCGAACAGCAAAAAGAGUGCAUAAGGCAGCUACGAGAGCAGGUUGCGUUGCUGGAGGGUGGGGACGAUACAGUUCAGAGAGAGGGUGGAGGAAUGGGGCGAGAUUCCGGAAAGGUUGGAGACGAGAUCGUGAGCAGGGGGUUGUCAGGCCCCUUCGCAUCCAGAAGGGUAAGGACGUAUGAUGAUACACUUAGCGUGGACGAUGUCUCUGGUGGGUUUUGGAGGUUCGGCAGGAAGCAAAGCAGGGUUGGUAGGGUUGGGAGGAGCGGGCCGAUUGAAAAGUCAGCACCACUGCUUCGGGAGGGGAUUGAUCGGUCGGGGCCGAUCCCUCCGGGAAAGACUCCACGGUAUGCGACAGUCGAUUGGUGUAUGGACACGAACGUGGCCAAAACUGAGAACCCAACGAAUUUGCGGAAGGAGUCUUCGAGGGAUGGCAGAGAGGCAAGUGGUGGACGUGAUGGAGGCGGGGGAGGGGGAGGGGGAGGGGGAGGGGGAUCUGGAUCACUUCUUGGAGGAGGGGGCGGAUCGGGUGUGAUUAGUGGAGGGGGGGGGGCGUCUGGAUCGGCUAUUGGGGGCGGAGGAGGAAGUGUUGGGUCGGGAGCACUGGUUGGAGGGGGCGGGUCAUCUGUUGGGAGUGGAAGUGGACUGGGUCUCGGGAGGGACGCGUUGGUCUCAGUACCACGGCCACACUCUGCCGGGACAACUCCCUCGAGAGGGCCUGGUGGUGGGGGAGGCUCUGGAGGCUCAGACCGGGAUCCUAGUCCCGCAGUUGUCAGCUGGGCCCAGGUUAAGGAAUCUGCUGACCAUGUGGAGCUGAUAGCAGAGCAGGUCGCGCACAGCACAUGGGCGCUGCAUCGAGAUGAUAAGAACGUGGGUCAGCGAUCGGCAUUCUCACCCCGUCUGCGCUCUUCACAAGCGAGAAAACGAGUCGUCUUGCGUCCAUUCGUAUCUGGCUUUGAACACGUCUAAGGCAUCACACUUUUGUGCAUUUACUAUUUAUAGACAACCGAAAUGCGGAUGGCAUUGCUCUGCACUACAUCGGAAACCGGGUCGUGUGUGCCGGCAUGAGUAGGGGUAGGGGCCGGGAGACAUCGACUGUAUAGACACACUUACCCGUAGUGUGAGCGGAGCUUAGCCGGGUGAUUGGCGAAUUGCAAGUGGCGAGUAGCGGGCUUGGUAGUGAGUAGUACUCUUCCCCUGCAUAGGCGUGUUGCAUCCUGCUGGCGCGGUGAGGUGGAAUGUAUGGAUACCACCAUCCAUCCUCUGAGUGGAGCCAACCCGGCCUGACGAGCAAGCAAAAGUGGCAGCAGUAUGCUCGGUUCCUUGCAAAUGGCGUGUGUCAUGCUGUCUGAGUCAUUUCUAGAAUAGAGUUGGCAUCAACGCAAAGCACAGUUGACACGUCAGAGUCAGCAACGAGGGUUGAAGAGCAGGCGCAAUCCCCAAAAGUCCAAGGGGGGGGCAACAGGACAGGGUAAGAAGGCCCCAAAAGUUCAAGGGGGGGGCAAGAGGACAGGGUAAGAAGGCGCCAAAAGUUCAAGGGAGAGGGUGCAAGAGAAUAGGGUAAGAAGAAAGUCUGGUUUCGCAUGGAGGACAUGCCACAGGGGGGUAAUGGUGCAAAUGUUUUGACGGCAGGGGGGCUUAUAUGUGUGUGCUACCGUGCAGUGGUGAGACUGGUGACGGAUCGGAGUAUCUGGAUAUAAUUGAAAAGGCUGUAUGUCUUCUCCGUCGUGGAACGGUACGCAUCUUACUGUCAAGGAACAGAUCAUGAAAUCCGCAUCCUCAUGGAUCAAUGACAUGAGUGGCCAGCGAACCGCUCUCCCCUUCAGAAAAGUAGUUAGCUGUUACGACUGAAAUCGGUAGCGACCCGGCACUAGUGUCCAAAUUAUAUGCAUACACAUGUGAGGUGAGUGAGCCAUUCGUCUCCUGUCAGUUAUUUCUGUUAUCUGAAUCGUGCCUUUGAAACCCUCUUUCGUUUGAAAAACAAAGCUUUCUCGAUCGUACCUUCGGACACCCUUUUUUGCUCCCUCUUUUGCUUCAAAGGAAGGUAAUGCCCGUCCUUGAGGAGGUUGUCGUCCACGUUCACAAUUUCUACAUGUCAGUGAUUGGAGAGGAUCACUGACAUCGCCAGAUGGACCUAGAGGUGAUGGUGGUGUGAUCAUGCCCUUAGGACACAGUCUACUUCGAGUAAGAACGUUGAGUAACAAGGGGUGCCUAUGUCCAUGCCUUACCUGCCUGUCAACGGCUAGGAUUGGAGAGGCUUACCUUUGUGCUUGAUGCCAUGCGGCAGGCGACAAGUUGGCGCGAGGGUAGGGGCUUAACAAAAUGGGCAUAGAAAU